UACGACGGGGUCGCGGGUUUAUCGCCUUGCACAAAAUCCCUAAAGCGCUCGAAAGAGAUCGCACGGUCGAAAAAUGUGAACUCGAUAAGAGCUCCAAGAGUACCAUUUAAUUUCGAUAAGCGCGGCGAUUGCGAGAUAUAUGUGUCAAUGAAAAUUUUCGAAUACCUUUUGAAUUCGAGACACCAACAGCAAGUCAUAAGUUUGGUGGAGAAAAACUUGGGCACGAGGAAAGGCAGCAGAAUCGGCAACUCCGGCAACCACAAGGAACUCCAAGUACUCUCGAGGCUACACCACGUACCGUAGAUACAUUUUACAUCUCGAAAAAUAUAUUGUAAUAUUGCAGCAUCAUGGUAGUAACCAUAAUAUCGUCGUCGAAGAAGGUCAACAACGAUAGUUGGAUGAACCAGAGCGGCGUGGAAGAGAAGAAAAUGUCCCCGAAACAGGUCAAAACCGCGCGUAAUAAACCGGAUGAGGGCAACACUGGAUCUUGGGGAUCGACGUUCAAGAACAAAGACCAU